UUGUUUGACUGUUGCGUAUAUGGUUGCGUAUCAAUAGUAUAGAAACCUGUAAGUUUAAGGGGCUAUGAUUUGACAUUACAUUCCUGUUUGGCCUUUAAAAAUAAUUCGAAUACGGUUAGGUGUCGUCGUGCGUUACCUAUUCACAUACUGAACUGUUGUCGAAUGCAAUUUCCAAAAAAAUGCCUGACAGCGUAACAUCACGCGAGAUUACCAUUCAACAAUCUGAAAUACCUCAGCAUUACGCGUAUAUUUACAAAUUUCGCGUGGAACAGUGUCCUUUAUUUCUACAGCACAAGUGUACACAACAUCGCCCUUUCACUUGUUUUCACUGGCAUUUCCAAAACCAAAGAAGGCGAAAACCUGUACGAAGAAGAGAUGGUACUUUGAAUUACAGUGCUGAUGAGUAUUGCACAAAAUAUGAUGAAACUACAGGGAUCUGCCAAGAUGGUGAUGAAUGCCCAUUCCUCCACAGAACUGCUGGUGACACUGAAAGAAGAUAUCAUUUGAGGUACUUCAAAACUGCUCCAUGUGUUCACGAAACUGACACUAGAGGAUUUUGUGUAAAAAAUGGAGUGCAUUGUGCAUUUGCUCAUGGGAAUUCUGAUUUACGCAAUCCAGUGUAUGACAUCCGUGAUAUAAGGUCCAAAGAUACUGCGGAGGCAGACCUUACCGGUCUUAAUGCUCUUGAUAAAGAAAGAAGUCUUUUGAAUGAUGAUCCAAAAUGGCAAGACACAAAUUAUGUUUUAGCCAAUUAUAAAACAGAACAAUGUAAAAAGCCACCGCGUCUAUGCCGCCAAGGUUAUGCUUGUCCACAAUAUCACAAUAGCCGAGACCGCCGAAGAAGUCCCAAGAAAUUUAAAUAUCGUUCUACGCCAUGUCCGAAUGCCAAGCACGGAGAGGAAUGGGGGGAUCCUUCUGGAUGUGAUAAUGGGGAUUUGUGUCAGUACUGCCACACCCGCACGGAGCAACAGUUUCACCCAGAGAUUUACAAAUCCACGAAAUGUCAUGACAUGCAAACAAAUAGUUAUUGUCCUAGAGGAUCGUUUUGUGCAUUUGCCCACGGGGAUUUUGAAGUGGUAAGAGACAAUGGUGCACACCAGGAUGGUGGUACAAAUUUGGCUGACCUUCUGUCUAGCGCUUUGCCGCCAGCGAACAAUCGAUUUUACGGAAAAGAAAGUGGCAAUUUGAAUGAUACGAACGAUGGACGUAUCGAUCUACUUCUAGAUAAUUCUCCAAGAAGCAUACUGGAUAAUCAUUCUACCUCAUCAUCUACAACAGCCAGCACAAGUGUUCCUAUGCAAACUGCUUAUAGCCGGUUGCAAAGUUUGGAGACUGGUGAAUCAAUUUUGGCUUCUAGCGGACCAACUGGUGUUGGCACCAGUUUAGGAGGCUUUGGUCCUUUGGUGCACCCGAUAUGUAAACCGAGAUCAUUAUCAGUACCGGGAGCUGAUAUGACUUCCUCGGGUCUUGAUCGAAUGAUUAGCUUGGAUCGAGAUGACUGGGAUCCUAAUUCUAAUCCGGAAGUGUUACGCGAACAGUUUGAAAAUCUUGCAAAAAAAUCAAAUUUGUAUGGCACGGGUACCCUAGGCGGUCUGUUAUCACAUCUACAACCAGCUGCUUAUUUUCCAACUGCAACAAGAUUGAGCAAUUCAACUAAUGCAGCGGAAUGUGUUGUCGGACACGCAAUGGAUGAAAAUGAAGAACAGUUUAAAGACAGUAGUCGAGAAUACGAAUCGGAACAACCUUCGUUGUGCGAGUCGAUAACGAUGGGUGUUGGGCUAUUAACAGGAUCGGCCCCUGUUAAUAUACCACGAACUGGACUUGAUCGCCACCCUCCACGCUUGUCCCCCUCACCACCAGCCAUAAAUCUGUUCUCGGGCAUACGUGUUGGCGCUCAGGAAAGACCCUUGGAAGGAUCGUCUAAUUCUGGGUCUCUAUUUUUCAAACGGGUUGGAAGUUAUAGUAAUGCGGGUGCCCCGUUUCACGACUGGAUGAAUCACCAAACUAGUCCAAGUAACAAUACUUGUAGAGGACUUGCGAGUUCUGGUGCAAAUAAUUCGCCGUUACUAAGCAAUCUAGCUUCCGCGAGUGGCUCGCUUGGGAAUCACGAGUUGCAGAGACUGCGAGAAGAAGCCACAAAUUACCAAGCAAAGAUGCUUUCGUUAGAGGAAGAUUUGUCGCAAGCUAGAAGUGCCUGCGAUGCUUGGAGAUGUAAAGCAAUGGUUGCUGAGCAACAGCGCGAUGAGGCUGUGGCAACGAUAGCUGCUCUUCAAAACGAAAUGAGGUUGCUUCGCGACUCGCUAUCUGUUCACUCGCACCGAAUCAAAGAAGGGGAAGACUUGCGAAAUGUUCCGAUUUAAUUACAGCGACCAUCACAGCUGCCAAGUUAUUCAUUCUACAGCUAACUUUUAGUUGUUUUCGUUUAAGUUUAUGCCCAUUUAGGUUAGGUAGUACGUACUUGAUAAAUUUUCAUACACUUUUCGGACGCCUAUGAUUUUCUAAGUAAAAUUCUACGGCGUACAAUAUUAAUGUCAUCCGUAGGUUAUGUACGGUUUGCUUCGUUGGCUUCUGCUGCAUAAUUUUUUCUUGUCCAAUCCAUCUACUAUUAAUGAUGCCAAUUCUGACGACUGAUCUAUUUGUUUCCUGUUCCUUUCUCUCAGUGCUUGAAUGUCCACUUCAAAGUGGUUUGUUCCCCAUUUCCUGUUGAUGCUGAUAUUCAAACAGUGAUGAUGUUGAUUAUUCAUUUUUUCCCUCUUUCUCUCUCUCCCGUUCUGUCAUUUCCUUGCGAUUCUUCAGGAAUAGUUUUGUCUUCCCAAUUCUCUAGACCAUGUGGUUAGACAGUUAAACUGGCAACGCACCAUGGUACCAACAGUUAGCCCGUAGGCCUAAAAAUAUUAACAAAAUGUCCGUUACCCAGA